GGCUGACUACAGGCUUCCUUCCCCUGUCCGGAUCAAUACAAUGUUUUCUGUUACAACUCUGCACUUAGUUUGGAGGUACACAUUCAUUGUAAUGUAUGUAUGUCAGGCGAGCAGUGUUGAAUGGCUGUAGUGGCUAUAGAAACUGCUGAAGUCCAGAUUUAUCUUAUAAACUCAACUAUUCCAUCAUCCAUCUCCAGCAGAGUGAACCACUUGGUAUGAACUACUUGUUGUGAACCAGCUCCUGUGAAUAGGGGCUGUCACCAGUCUGGACAGGUGGAGAUGUGACAUUUAUAUAUUUCACAGUGUUAACUAAUUGUGGUAUGGAUCUUUUUGUUGAUGUGUUGAAAUGUGGAUCACCAUGUGGAUAGUGAUUCUUGUGUCAACUCUUGUGUCCUGACAAGUAGUUACCAUGGAUACAGUGGGUAGCCUCAAAUCAAACAAUAACUUAUAGAAUUUCAUGGCUGACUGCUAGCCAUGUGUAUUUCAAACUGACAAGGCAUUAAGCUAUCCAGCUCGCAUUGUUUGCCAUGGGCUGUACCAGGUAGGCCUAGAUGUUGUACCAGUAGUGCAGUUAGGACCUCUCCUCAAAUUUAGAUAACAAGAACAACAAAUCUCCUUGUGGCAGCAGCAACAACUCCAACGACUUCAAAAUGGCAGGAAAACACACAUUAGGAGUCAGUAACCAGUUUCCAGCCCUAAACUCCCAGCAACGUCUCGGCGGAUCUCCCUCAAAAUCACGAAAUAAGGUGGCACUCAAACCUGGCCGAUCCCUUAUGGACUGGAUUCGCCUCGGCAACAGUGGCAAGGACCUGACUGGAGUUGGUCGCAAGGUCAUCGAGGUCACACCGGAGGAGCUAGCUAAACAUUCAACAGCUGACGACGCAUGGAUAGCUCUUCGGGGAAAAGUCUACAACAUAUCGCCAUAUUUGGAGUACCACCCAGGAGGGGAGGAGGAACUGAUGAAGGGGGCAGGAAUAGAUGGCACACAGCUGUUUGAUGAGGUACACAAGUGGGUCAAUUAUGAGUCCAUGCUAGAAAAAUGUUUUGUUGGAAAAUUGAAAACAACUCCCGUCCAAAAAAGAGGAAGUCUGUCCUCCAUACUUCGACUCAAGCCCAGUGCUCCUAAUGGUCCAGCAGUUGUACAGCCACCUCCACCCAUGGGACCUCCCCCUCCCCCGGGGUCCAGCCCCCCACGAUUUGACUGGUACCAGAAUGAUACAACAGUGACCCUGGUGGUUUAUACCAAAUGGAAAGAGAUGAGAAAGGAAAAUAUCAUCAUAGACAGAAAUGGCCGUGAGCUAACAGCCUGUGUGUAUAUAGAGGACCAUACAUUCACCAUACACAUAGAUUUAGAAGAUGAUAUUACUGAAGACUACGAAGUUAAGGUGCAGAAUCAGACAGGGAAGACGGAAUUAGUGUUACACAAACAGACAACAGGGCAGCAGUGGCGAGGGGUCGGAAAGUUUCUGGAUAGACAUGACGCCUUCACACCUACAAAUGACAAAGGUCCAGUGUAUAGAUGUUGCCGUGUGGAAUCUGUGGUUUCUGUCAACCAUGACACAAAGCUACUGUGUGUCAGUUUCCCUCAUGGCACCUGUAUGUGUGUACCUGUGGGUUACCAUGUACAUAUACGUCACAAGGUAGAGGAUGUGGAGGUAGUUCGCAGUUACACACUUGUCCAACCCUCACUGGGAUCAAAAACCACUGACCAACGGUUAUCACAGGGCAAAGUAUUUUACUUGAUGAUCAAGAUUUACAAAAAUGGGGCCCUAACUCCGUGGAUAGACUCGUUAACACCAGGUGACUCUAUGGAAGUCAGCCAGUACGAAGGAAACUUAAGUGAAAGUCGUCUAGCAGGGCAAGGCGACUUGGUUAUGUAUGCCGCAGGGACAGGCUUCACCCCCAUGGUGGGCCUCAUCAACCACUGUUUAUCACAAACAAAACCUGCCAGUCGGAAAGUGAAGUUAAUGUUUUUCAAUAAGACUGAAGAUGAUAUAUUAUGGAGGGAACAUCUAGACAGCAUAUCAAGUCAACAUGAGUGGUUUUCUGUGCAGUAUGUACUGUCGGAGCCAGGGAACAGCUGGACAGGACCUCAGGGACGGAUCAGGCUAGAUCUUAUGGAGAUGUUUAGUCCCCACCCAGGGGGGAAAUCUGAUACCCUUAUAUGUGCCUGUGGUCCUACCCCGUUCACCAAAACAGUUAUACAAUUAGCUAAAGACAUAGGGUACGGUGAUGAUAACCUCCACGCCUUUCUAGGAUGAUAGUGAAAUCUACAAAUUCAAGGCAGGCUUUACAUUGCUGAUGGUAUUUAUUAGACUGAAAAGUCCCAAGAUAGUCGACAUUGAUUAUUCACAGGGAUUACCUUCCUGGAUAAUCUCAAGAUCAGUCUACCUGGAUUAUCUAUAGGGAUUACCUACCUGAAUAAUCUCAAGAUCAGUCUACCUGGACUAUCUACAGGGAUUACCUACCUGGAUAAUCUCAAGAUCAGUCUACCUGGAUUAUCUACAGGGAUUACCUACCUGGAUAGCCUCAAGACCAGUCUUCCUGGAUUAUCUACAGGGAUUACCUACCUGGAUAGCCUCAAGAUCAGUCUACCUGGAUUAUCUACAGGGAUUACCUACCUGGAUGGUCUCAAGAUCAGUCUACCUGGAUUAUCUACAGGGAUUACCUACAUGGAUAGUCUCAAGAUCAGUCUUCCUGGAUUAUCUACAGGGAUUACCGACCUGGAUAGUCUCAAGAAUAGUCAACAUUGAUUAUCUACAGGGAUUACCUACAUGAAUAGUCUCAAGAUCAGUCUUCCUGGAUUAUCUACAGGGAUUACCUACAUGGAUAGUCUCAAGAUCAGUCUAGCUGGAUUAUCUACAGGGAUUACCUACCUGGAUAGUCUCAGAUCAGUCUACCUGGAUUAUCUACAGGCAUUACCUACCUGGAUAGUCUCAAGAAUAGUCAACAUUGAUUAUCUACAGGCAUUACCUACCUGGAUAGUCUCAAGAAUAGUCAACAUUGAUUAUC